UGGUCCUCAAGCCUUAGGUAGCUAAACAUGAAGUUUAUUGCGAGAAGUCUUCAUUAUGUAUUCUCAAUCGUAUUGGUAAUAUGGCAAGCCAAUCAAUCAAUUAUUGGACAAUUGGACCUUGAUAUUAAAUAUUUAGUAUAUGUAAUUGGUCAAUUCUCACUGACGCUCCGACUUUUGAUCAGCCAAGACUAGAGAUUCAGAACCCAGCCAAUUAAACAAUUUGUUCGGUUAGGCUAAAGCUGUCAACAUCGUUUUGAAUUCCAGCUCACCUUAAUUUUUUACGCUAUAAAAAAAAAACACCCUAUUCACAAUACUCUUUCCCAAAUUAAAACAAACUUUAAAGAUGUCUCAGGCCCCAACUAUACCCCAGCAAGACCGACCCCCAUGGUUUCGCAAACAGUUCGGCAGUCGCUUCUCGCCAGCCAUGCGUCAGCUACUUGUAGAAUACAGCAAAAUUCCAGCUGCAGAAAUAGAUGAGCAUAUUUACAGCAUCCGUGAACGAGCAUGGCAAACCUCUCCAUAUCCGUGUAUCGGCGGGUUCACUUUCUUGGAUUUCGCGUUUGCAAAACACCCUCGAUACAAGACUGUACUUGGACAAUUAAAGACAGAGAAAGAUGAUAUUAAAUUUAUUGAUAUAGGAUGCUGUUUCGGGCAAGAAGUUCGCAAACUUGCCUUUGAUGGGGUAUCGCAUGAUCGAUUAUACGGAUCCGACAUCCAUCCGGAGCUGCUAGAACUUGGGUUUGAGUUAUUUAGAGACCGCGACAGAUGGGCUUCUGCUACUGCUGUUGCGCCAUCCUUCUUCCCUAUGGAUAUUUUUUCACCCGUUGUUCCCGGUGAUAUUAGGUUUGAUAUUGUGUAUAUUGCAAUGGUGUUCCAUCUCUUCUCACGGGAGAAACAAGUGCAGGCAGCGACAGAGAUUGUUACCAAACUUCUUGUUGACAAGCCCGGUGUUAUCAUUCUUGGAUCGCAAGCUGGAACGAUCAACGCCCGCUCGGUGCAGUCUCGUCGACAUGCCGACAAGGCAUCAUUUCUACAUGACGUUGAUAGUUUCAAAGAAAUGUGGGUAGAAGUAGGCGAAAUGACAGGGACUACGUGGGCAGUCGAUGCAGUUCUUACAAAACCAUGGGAGAGUCCAGAAAACAAGGAGAUUGCGGAGAAAGACCGCUAUUUUGUGGAUGACGAUGUACGGUGGUUGGUCUUUAGCGUUGUCAGAUUAUAAAAUUACUAUUGACCUAAGAAAUGAUAUUUUUUCUAAUCCUAAGCACAAUUUACACGAUCUCCUAAAUAUACCUGAUAAGUCACCCCUCAAUACAUACAUGCAGUAAUAAGAUCAAUCCCCGCAUACCAUGAGGCCAACUGAAUUACAUCAUUCCCCACUACUCCAGAUACUGGAUGACUCGGUAUACUGUAUGGUCUCCAACUACAUGUACCGUCUCCGUCGAUCUCGGUCUACCCUUAUUAUGCUGCGGUGUGUAAUGACAUACAUACAUGUAUUUAUAUAUUGGGGUAUAUCCAUGUGACCACCUCCACUCGCUGAUCCGUAAGCAGAUCAGUGAUCCGGAUAGCCCGGCCAACAAGCUCCAUACUGGCUCUCGUUGCGGGGAUACUCCGCAUUAUCGUCUAAGAAACCAGUGAUCACUGGUUCAAUAAAUAAUGUUGG